AUGGCGAGCACUGAGGCGAACAACCUCACCAUCCUCGACCUUCCUGUCGACAUCCUGAGCCUCAUCCUCCAGCCCCUUGUGACGAGCGAGACGCCGAUACAGCUCUGCCCAUGCACACUGUCGCCCAUCAACCCGGUGUCGGUCCUGCUCUCGCACCCAGCACUGCACGCCAUCGCGACACCGCUGCUGUAUGCGAGCAACGAGUUCGUGCUCGAUGUGACGGGUCCUCAUGCGCAGCACAUCCGCAGGGAACUGCUCAAGACACCCGGAUCCGAUGAGCGGCUCCCCGGCCGGGCGGUUCUGCUGUCGACCCCAGACGCGUUGCGCAGGGUGGCGAGAAUGCAGGUGCGGAUAGACCGGCUGAGGGGUUGGGUGGGGGCCGGAGUGGUACCGCUGCUGGCAGAGCUGGCGGUUCAAGGAGGGCUCGACCACCUCACGGUGUGGGUGCGAACGCCCGGGGAGCGGAGGGCGCAAGUGCAGGUGGCCCCGAGAAGAAAGGUGCCCGGAGAGGAGGGGACGGACCUGGACAUGUUUGCCCGGCCACCGCUGGAGGGGCUACUGAGGGUAUUGGCGGACCCGUACCUACUGUCUGCGCGGCUGUGGGUAGACGCGCGGCACGCAAAGGCGUGGUGCCGGUUCCACGCCGGAGGAUGCGGCGCCGCGGUGGAGGGUUGGACCGGAGGUGGAGCCCGGGAGCCGGCGGAUGCAGUGGAGAUUGACUGGCGGCAGGUUCUCCGGGUGGUGGAUCCGGAGAGGAAGGAUAUCGCUGUGGCAGUCAAGACAGAACGAAGAUGGUAA